AUGUCUAAUGAUGGAAUACGUAAUGAAAUGGUUGAAGCAGCAGUAAAAUUUAUGACAAAUGCAAAAGUACGAUCAACAUCAAUUACUGAACAAAAAAAUUUUCUCAAAGAAAAAGGAUUAACUGAUGAAGAAAUUUCAAAAGCUAUUGAAGAAGUUGGAUAUAUUUCAUCUAAUAAAGUAGAGGAUAUUGAAAGAAAACCAAUUCAACAUCAAGGAUCAAUUUUUUCAAAAAUUCAAAAUAUAAUUGUUUGGUGUGGUGCAUUAUAUGGUUCAUAUACAUUUAUUCGUAAUUAUAUUUUACCUGAUGAAAAAUUUAAAAAUAUAGAAAAACAGGUAUCUGAAUUGCAUAAUUCAAUCAAAUUUUUAACAAACUCCACAUCACAAACUCUUUCAAUAAUUCAAGAACAGGAAAAAAUUUUAAGUAAUCUAAUGCAAAUUUUAUCAAAAAAUGUUGAAAAAGAUCUAAAAGUAAAUGAAGUUUAUAAUGAUAUAUCAACAAUAAAAAAAUUAUUGUUAGGUAAAGAUCAAUUUCCAUCUGUAUUGGAAUCAAAAUUAAAUGAAAAUAAUACUUUCCAGGCCAUACUUAUGGAUGGAGAUAAACAAUGUAAUGUACCAACAUGGCAAUUACCAUAUCCUAAAGAUUCAUUAGAAUAUGAAAACGAAUCCUUAGAUGAUAAUAUUUAA